AUGUGCCGUCCGGCCGGCCGGACGGACGGACGUGACUCAGGCGGUAGCACCCCGGGCGGAUUUUCCUUCUAAAAAUGGGCUAAAAUUCCCGGUCUUUCAAAAAAUUGCAAAGGUGCGCGCCUGGCCCCGUCCGCCCUCUGUUUCCUGUUGCCGCCUCCUUGUGUGGGCCCUGUUUCGAUUCCGAAGCGCCAACAGGCCCCCGCCCCUGGUGUUUCGGCUUGGCGGUUCCCCCGGUUCCCUUUGUCUCUCUCACUCGCGCCGGGCGCGCAGAAAUUUUAAAAUUUAAAAAUUCGCCCCGUUUUCGGGGAAAACAAAUUUUGUUUGGCAUUCCGGUUGUCGGCCGGUCGGGGUGUGUUGCAUGCGCAUGGUGGCCGUGCAAGGGGUUGUAGGGUUAUGUCGCAGGUAGGACAGUUUCGGGGGAAGCGUCGCCACACCUUACUCGUGUUCCCCCCGAACACAAGUUAGGUGUGUUGCAGGAGUAGAUGACGCUUUGUAGGAGACGGCGUUCGAGCCUGGUGUUGGA